CAGCUGUGUUGUUGUGUUGUGUUGUGUUGUCUGCCGUUUGUUUGCAAACAUUCAUCACAUGACUGUUAUCUCUAUUAGAUUUAAUAAUCAUUUAGUGAUUAAAUGUCAUUAAAUUGUUAAACAUUGAUAUGAAUGACACAAACAAUUGAUACAAACAAUUGAUAAAAAUAUCUUUUAUUUGACGAGAUAUGCGACCAUAAGUUGUGUCCAUUCAUUCAUUUGUCACUAAAUGAUCACUUUGUGGGCGUUUUUUAAGUACUAAGAGAAGCAAAUAUCAAUGGCGUGGUCUAAAUAUCAAAUAUUUUUGGCACUGCUUAUGGUGAUCACCGGAUCCAUCAAUACAUUGGCCACUAAAUGGGCUGAUAUAACCAACUCUGUGGGCAAAGAUGGUAAAAGUAGACCAUUCAAUCAUCCCUUUCUUCAGGCGGUUUCCAUGUUUUUGGGAGAGUUGUCGUGUUUGUUGGCUUACAAGUUGUUGUAUUUGUAUUACAAACAAAAGGACUAUACGGACGAACAGUUGCCGCCAUCGAUAUCUGGCAGCCGUUCAUUCAAUCCUUUAAUAUUUUUGCCGCCAGCGCUCUGUGAUAUGACUGCCACUUCGCUUAUGUAUAUCGGACUCAAUCUAACCUAUGCUUCGAGUUUUCAGAUGUUAAGAGGAUCUCUCAUUAUAUUUACUGGUCUUUUAUCAGUCGCUUUCCUCAAUAGAAAUCUUAAACAUUACCAAUGGAUUGGUAUCUUUUUUGUGAUGACUGGUCUCGCCAUUGUUGGUGUAAGUGAUAUGGUUUUUGGAUCACAUAAUGACGCCAAAGGAUCUAAUGGUGUCAUAACGGGUGAUUUAUUGAUAAUAAUGGCACAAAUAAUAACAGCAACACAAAUGGUUGUCGAAGAAAAGUUUGUUUCGGGCUCUAAUGUAUCACCGCUUCAAGCGGUUGGUUGGGAAGGAUUGUAUGGCGUUUGUAUUUUGUCAACUUUAUUGAUUCCCAUGUAUUAUAUACCGACGGGAAACUUGAUAUUUAAGAAUCCCGAUGGUCAGAUGGAGGACGCUAUUGAUGGCUUUGUGCAGAUAUUUAACUCAUGGCAGGUGACUCUCGGGUUGUUGGGUACGAUCAUUAGUAUAUCGUUUUUCAACUUUGCCGGCAUUAGUGUCACCAAACAGAUGUCUGCCACCACAAGAACAGUGUUAGACUCUGUUCGUACGUUUGUUAUCUGGAUAUUCAGUUUAUCAAUCGGAUGGGAAAAGCUAUCGAACCGGACGUUCAUUCAAGUGACAGGAUUUUCCAUUUUACUAAUCGGAAUGUUUCUCUACAAUAAUGUUCUCAUUCGACCAUUUCUUAUAAGUCGAGGUCUCUUAAGAAAUAACAGUUCCGAAGCUAUAGCGAUACUUCAGGAUACGGAUGACACUGAAAAUGCUAUCAGACCAACAAUGCAUAACCCGUCACUCCAGAGGAAUGAAACUGAAAUCUAUAGUUAAAGAUUGAAGUUUUGUUUUAAAUGAUAAAUAACUUACGAUAUCAUAGUUUG